CACAAAUGUGACAGAAAACACCCCAGUUCAUCCUCAGCUUCAAGGACUUGCACUUAUUUACGAUGACUGAUUCAAACUCUUUUGAUAAGAUGCUGACAGAGGAUGAUGGUGGCAGUCUAAAAAAGAGCAAAAAGAAGCAAAAGGAAGAUGCCUGGAGACCAGAGGGACCCAAAGACCCAUUUGCCAUGCUGGACUCUCUGCCAGAAAAGAAGCAGCAGGAGAUCCAGAGAGCCCUCCACCUCUUCUCCUUGGGCCCAAGUCUGCCCAAGACCCUGCAGGAGGCCAAGAGACAUACCUACCGCUUCUGGGAGACACAGCCUGUUCCCAGACUGGAUGACAAUAUUACAACUCAUGGCCCAAUAGUAGAGGAUGAGAUCAGUGCCCGUAAGGAGCCCUACUCUCUGCCUGAAGGUUUUUCCUGGGAUAGUCUGGACCUGAGCAGCUGUACAGUGCUGAAAGAACUAUGCACUCUACUGAAUGAGAACUACAUGGAAGACGAUGACAACACCAUCAGAUUUAACUUCACUGUGGAGUAUCUGCAAUGGGCUUUACAGCCUCCUAACUGGCUGGCCCAGUGGCACUGUGCUGUACGAGUAGACACCAAUAAGAAGUUAGUUGGCUUCAUUGCUGCUGUUCCUGCUGAUGUGCGUGUGUAUGAGACGCAGAAGCGGAUGGUACAGGUCAAAUUCCUGUGUGUUCAUAAGAAGCUGCGCCUCAAGCGGAUGACUCCAGUUCUGAUCCGGGAGCUCACCAGACGGGUCAACCAGCAGGGCCUCCGCCAGGCUGUCUACACAGCUGGCAUAGUGCUGCCCACUCCUCUCAGCUCCUGCAGAUUCUGGCAUCGCCCUCUGAAUCCCCGAAAGCUGAUGGAGGUCAGCUACCCGGGUCUCAGACAAAACAUGAACCUGCAGAGAGCUGUCAAGUUCAACCGCCUGCCUGAGGUGACAAUGACCAAAGGUUUGCGCCCUAUGACCAAAAAAGAUGUUGUGGGUAUACACUCACUACUCCAGACAAACAGCAGCAGGUUUCACCUCAGCCCCGUCUUGACUCUACAGGAAGUAGAGCACUGGCUGUUGCCACGGGAGAAAGUGAUUGACACAUAUGUGGUUGAGGGUGAUGACGGCACACUCACAGAUGUGGUGAGCUUCUAUAGCGUCUCCUGCAAGGUGCUAAAUCACCCAGUGCACACUGACCUGAGAGCAGCUCAUCUCCUUUACAUCGCAUCCUCUGCCACAGACCUGGCUGAACUCAUGAAGGACACAGUGGUCCUCGCUAAAUCUAAAGCUUUCGACAUCUUCUUCGCUCUGGAUGUGAUGGAUAACAAGGAUUUCCUGGAGAAGCUAAAGUUCAGCGCCAGUGACAAGAGCCUUCAUUACUACCUGUACAACUGGGCGUGUCCUAAUAUGAGCCCAGACAAGGUGGGCUUAGUGUUUCCCAACUGACCUGCCGUUGAGAGACCGAGGACAGUGGGGAAGAUGAAGGAAGAUGAAAGGACCACGGUGAUUGGCAGGGCAGUGGACAUCAAACUGCAUCAACAGCAUGAAUUAGGGUUCAAAAACAGCAAAAAACACACACAAAUCUAUGAA